AUGGGACCAAUAUCACCUUAUAUUGGAAAUUUGAGCUUUCUACGGGUGUUAAGUCUUCAAAACAACAGCUUCAUUCAAGAACUUCCACAAGAAAUAGGCCGUUUACAUAGAUUGGAAGAACUAACUCUUGAUAGAAACUUCAUAGUUGGUGAAAUUCCUUCCAAUAUAUCUGGUUGUUCUAAGCUCAAACAUCUUUACAUUGGACACAAUCUGCUAGUUGGAGAAAUACCUGCUGCACUUGGCCACUUGUCAAACCUAAAGGAGUUAGGCUUUAGCAACAACACCUUACGAGGGAGUAUCCCUCCUUUUAUAGGUAACUUGUCAUCUUUGGAGAUAAUCUUUCUGCCUCUAAAUAGAUUGUCUGGGGUUAUCCCUGAAACUCUUGGCCAACUGAAGAAUCUUACCACUUUUGGCGUGGCAAUGAAUAAAAUGUCUGGUAUCGUUCCUUCCUCACUUUUUAAUCUCUCUAAUAUCAGAAUUCUUGAUAUUGGGGAAAAUAACUUUCAUGGUAGUCUUCCCUCACAAUUGGGAGUCAACAUGCCAUAUCUUGAACUGUUUUUUGUUGGCCGGAACCAACUCAGUGGACCAUUCCCUCUUUCAAUAUCCAGUGCCUCUAACCUCAUCGAGCUUCAGGUUGACGGGAACAAAUUUAGUGGAAAGAUAUCUUCAUUCCGAAACCUAGAAAAGUUGCGAAGAUUGAAUAUUGGUGAGAAUCUUCUUGGUAGCCAGGGACCAAAUGACUUAAACUUCCUCUGCUCUUUAACUAGUGCCACCAGCUUGGAAAUUGUGGCUAUCAAUGACAACAACUUUGGAGGGAUAUUACCUGAGUGCAUAAGCAAUUUGUCAAUUGCUAUCACCUAUUUUGCUAUAGAAGGCAAUUACAUAGUGGGGAGAAUGCCAGCAGGAUUUGGAAAUCUAAUCAACUUGGAGGCGCUCUCGGCAGGACAAAAUCAAUUAUCAGGUUCCAUUCCAUCUGUAAUCGGCAGGCUUCAAAAACUAAAACUUUUUGCUGUAGAUAUUAAUUCAAUCUCUGGAUCCAUCCCCACUUCAUUGGGAAAUUUAAAGAUGUUGAUGAAGUUGUAUCUAAAUGACAACAAUCUUCAAGGCGAAAUUCCUCCAAGUCUAGGCAAAUGUGAAAAUCUGAUUUUUUUAGAUCUUUCUAAUAACAAUCUCAGUGGUUCUAUACCUUCUCAAAUAGCUGGACUAUCAUCCUUGUCUAUCGGUCUAUACUUAUUUUCAAACCGUUUGACUGGCAUGCUUCCCUUUGAAGUAGGAAAUUUAAGAAAUCUUGGUGAAUUAGAUGUUUCUCAAGACAUGUUAUCAGGUGUCAUUCCAAAUGAUCUUGGUAAUUGUAUAAGGCUGGAGGUACUGCUGAUGAGAGGCAAUUUCUUCAAUGGAUCAAUUCCUUCAUCUUUGAGUUCAUUGAGAGGUCUUACAAAUUUAGACCUUUCUAGAAACAAUCUCAUUGGUAAAAUUCCUGAAUUUCUUGUGACAUUUGGCUCUUUACACUACUUGAAUCUUUCUUACAACAAUUUCGAAGGUCUAGUACCAGUUGGUGGAGUCUUUAAAAAUAUGAGUGCUAUGUUCAUUGAAGGAAACAGUAAGCUUUGUGGAGGCAUUCCUGAGUUCCACUUGCCAACUUGUGAUAACUUGAAACAACAUAGAGGGAGAUCAACUACUUCACUUAAAUCAAUAAUUGCUAUUGUUUCUGCUUUUUCAGGAGUUGUUUUGGUUUUUCACCGUACAGGCAGCUUUGGUUUUGUAUAUAAAGGAAUUCUUGAAGAGAAUGGAACAAUUAUUGCUGUCAAGGUACUUAAACUUUUGAGUCAUGGAGCUUCAAGGAGUUUUUUGGCUGAAUGUGAGGCCUUGAGGAAUGUAAGACAUCGAAACCUUGUCAAGGUAUUAACAGCAUGUUCUGGUGUGGACUAUCAAGGCAAUGAUUUUAAGGCUCUUGUUUAUGAAUUCAUGGCAAAUGGAAGCCUAGAGGAUUGGCUGCAUCCAACUGUUGGCAUGAAUGAAGGAGAGGAGACAGCAAAAAGCUUGAGUUUUUUUCAGAGAUUGAAUGUGGCAGUUGAUGUUGGUUGUGCAUUGGAGUAUCUUCAUCAUCAUUGCGAAACACCAGUUGUUCACUGUGAUCUCAAACCAAGCAAUAUUCUACUUGAUGAUGAAAUGGUUGGCCAUGUCGGUGACUUUGGGCUAGCAAAAUUCAUUGCAUCAGACGUACAAAAUAGCACUUCAAGCCUGUCAAGCUCUCUUGGGUUAAGGGGAACAAUUGGUUAUGCUCCACCAGAAUAUGGCUUGGGAUGCAAUGUGACAACAUAUGGAGAUACCUACAGCUAUGGCAUUCUUUUGCUGGAGAUGUUUACAGGGAGAAGACCCACUGAUGAAAUGUUUAAAGAGAACCUGAACCUUCAUAACUUUGUUAAAAUAGCUUUGCCAAAUCGAGUGGCUGAGAUUACAGAUCCCUCUCUUCUUCAACAAAUUUUCGGAGGAGAAACAAUGAUGAACAUUACUUUCAAUGAGAGCAGCCAAAAAGAAAACAGACUUCUUUGGAGCUUGAAUUCCAUAUUUGAAAUUGGAAUUGCCUGUUCUUUUGAAUUGCCAACUGAAAGAAUGAACAUGGCUAAUGUUGUUGCUGAGCUUUGUUCUAUAAGAGACAAGCUGCUUCCACCUCGAUUAUUAAGAACAAGAGCUGCAGCUGCUGCUUAA